AUGUCUUUGAACACCGCGAUUCGACGCUCUCUUCGUGACUCGGCGACGUCAUUCGGCUUCUGGCAAACCCUGCCUUCUUCCGCACUGACAAGAACCGUGCUCCGAUCAAGCGCAGCCGUGUCCGGCGGAGCUUUCACGUGGGUAGUGGUAGAUGCCGAGCACGGCUUGAUAGUCGACAAAGAUUACUACGAGCUCACGACAGCCGCCGCCUCGGAAGGUGCCAGCCCCAUUGUUCGCGUGCCCUGGGGCGAGGAAUGGCUCAUCAAGCGCGCCCUCGACGCUGGUGCUCAUGGCAUCGUAACACCAAUGUGCCAUUCUCCUGCGGACGCCGCCAAAAUCGUCCAAUACUGCAAAUACCCGCCUUUGGGCAGUCGAGGCUACGGCCCGAUGUUCUCCCCACACUCCUUCCCGGCCGCUGACCCCAACAGCGACUACGUUGCAGGGGCGCAGAAUGAGUUGAUGGUCAUCGUCCAGAUUGAAUCUCGGCCAGGUCUCGAAAGCGUGGAGGAAAUCGCCAGAGUGGAUGGCAUCGACGCUCUUCUCAUUGGCCCAUUUGAUCUAGCCUUGCAGACCGGGCUGCAGCGAGCUGGUCAGGAACACGAAGCAGCCAUCCAGCGCAUCUUGAACGCUGCCCACGCCGCCGGCAAGAAAUGCGCAAUAUUUUGUACCGAUGGAAGUGAUGCGAGAACGCGGGUAGUCCAAGGCUUCGACAUGGUCUCGGUCAAUACCGAUGUUGGAGUUCUGGGGAGCGCAAUGAGCAAGGAGCUCAUCACCGCACGAGACGGCGUAAGCUCCGGCAGUGGCAAGACAAGCGGUGGAUACUGA